GUCGCACAGAACACGGAAUGGCUCUGCCGGUGCAAGAGGUUCUGGAGGAUCCCGAGGUGUUGCGUGGCCUGACGCAGAACCCUUCCUCCUUCAGGUUUCCCGAUGGGGCGCUGGUUACGGUGGCGUCCGUCCAUUGGCGGCCCCACACCGUGCUUACCACUGAUGCCGAGGGCCGCAGGGCUGUGGCUGGACCCAUGGGCAACAUGCUCACUGUUCUUGCUCAUACACUAAACUUCACGUACAACGUGGUGACACCACCGGACGGUGCGUUUGGUGGCCAGCGUCCCAAUGGCAGCUGGACUGGCAUGAUGGGCCAGGUGACGAGUAAGGAAGUUGACCUCGCUCUCGGGCCCUUUGGAAUAAUUUACAGUCGAGCAAUGGCUGUGGACUUUAGCGAAUCCUUUUUCUACGACGCACGAUCAAUUCUGUCGAUGAAGGGCACCCCUGAAAUCAACCCGUGGGGUUUCCUUUUCCCGCUGACGGGGACAGUGUGGGGAGCGAUGGCGGUGGCCCUGGGUAUGGUGUGGCUGGCCACACUGUUGGUGGGGCGCCGACCCGGAGCCUCUGUUUCCCUGAGAUGGGCUGGGGAAAUGUUUUUGCAGAACGUGCGGGUCUUCCUUAACCAAGGGUUGGCGGACGUUGUGCUUGGACAAGGCGGGCUGAUGGUGCUGCUGUCUUGGAUGGUGGUGGCAGCUUUGGUCUUCUGGAGCUACAAGGGUGCCCUCAUCUCCCUGCUGGCUGUGCGGCACAUCCCACAGCCCAUCCAGACUCUAAGAGAUCUGCUUGAUGACCAUACCAUCACUCUAGUAAUGCAUCCCAUGACGGUAUUCACGGACACUGCGGCGAAAAUGAAAUCUGGAGAGCUGCGAGAGUUGCACGAGUUACAGUUUGUGGGCCGCAUCAGGUAUGAGCCUCCUAGCGCCUAUCCUGAGUUGCUUGAAACUGUGGUGCGCACUGACCGUCAUUCCCUGCAGUCAACAAACUUCCCCCUUGACCUCUUGAUUGCCGACGACUUCCUCAAAACAAAAAGAUGUGAUUUUUACAAGACGAGGCAGACUUUCUUCGCCACCACCCAUUGCAUGAUAGGUCAGAAAGGCAGCCCUCUCAUUCCGGCCAUCAACCACAGGGUACGUGCGGUGGUGGAGUCUGGACUGUAUGUGCACUGGUUGAUGAACGAAGUUUCGGCCAUCAUCUAUUGCCGCUACACGCCCUCCAUCAUCACGGUCAGAGAGCCGCUGUCUCUCGCCAACCUCUGGGGGAUGGUCGUGCUGCUGGGGGUAGGACUGCUGCUGGCCGGGGGUGCCUUCUGUCUGGAAAUGUGUGUUCCCCCAAAGAAAAGAAUAAUACGAUGAAAACAUCGGGUAUAUGCAUCCCGCCUCCUUAUUUACGUAAACGUGGAUAACCAACACCUUUACCCUCGCCGCCUCGGCUCACUCAUGUUUUUUUUUUUUUUUUGUCGCGUCAUUGUUUAUUCUUCGGUAC